AUGACGACAUCAUUGUCGAUGAAAAUGAUCCUCCACAAGAAGCAGUCCCGCAGUCAGAUUCGCCGCCGCUCGGUUCGACAUCACCCCAGGAGUCCACUCGCACCCAUUGACAGUGGAAGAAAGUUCUUGGGAAAAAAGAAGUUUGGGUCGUCAAAGCCCGAUACAGUAGGUGCCGUUGUAGCAGUGCACGAGGCCACCGAUGCCAUAAGGUCGCAGCUUAAAGAAAUGAAGGCAUUGGACGAAUACGAUCAUUAUGGGGCGUACGUGGCACUAUCGCUACGAGGAAUUCCGAGGGUGUUGGCGAAGGAAAAAAUGGUUUUGAUUUCACAGGUGCUUGCAUUCGACGAUAUAACUUUCGUCAGCGCACCGAACAGCACCGACAUGCAGCCAGGAAGCAGCCACGGCCAGAAUUACGAGCCAGAAGUUUAGCCCUUUUUCUAGUAUUUUACCUUGAUAUUCUUAGUUUACUUUGUUCCUCUGAUACUACACUUGAAGCCCAAGAAGUGUAUGAUUAUUACGACUGUUGAUUAUUAUGAUUUGUUGUUUUGAAUUUUGGCACUCGUUAUGUUUGGCACUCUUUUGGCACUCGUUAUGUGUUUCUCGGUUACCUUGAAGCCCAAGAAGUGUUUGAUUUGUUGUUUUGAAUUAUGAAUGAAUGUUUAUUAAUGUUUAUGAAUGUUUAUCGUAGUUGUUGCUUAUUAGUAUGUUUCGGAAAUAAAGAAGUG